CCCGCCCGCCCCGGUCCGGCCCACCCCCCUCCCCCACCCCUGCCCCUGGUCCCGUCAGUGGGGUCCGGAGCCCACGGUGCCGUCGCCUCUUCCUUUUUCGACGCCUCCGUCGCCUCCUGAAGAGGCGAGCCAGUCGAGAGUUACACCGCCACCGCCAGGAUGGAUAGAAUGACAGAAGAUGCUCUUCGCCUGAAUCUGUUGAAGCGCAGUUUGGACCCAGCAGAUGAGCGAGAUGAUGUCCUGGCAAAACGACUCAAAAUGGAAGGACAUGAGGCCAUGGAACGUCUGAAAAUGUUGGCACUGCUUAAAAGGAAGGAUUUGGCAAAUCUUGAGGUGCCACAUGAGUUACCAACCAAACAAGAUGGCAGUGGUGUCAAGGGUUAUGAAGAGAAACUCAAUGGGAAUCUCAGGCCUCAUGGAGAUAGCAGGACUGCUGGAAGGCCAGGCAAAGAAAACAUCAAUGAUGAGCCGGUGGAUAUGAGUGCUAGACGGAGUGAGCCAGACCGAGGAAGGCUAACUCCCUCUCCAGACAUUAUUGUUUUGUCUGACAAUGAGGCUUCCAGUCCCCGUUCCAGCUCCCGAAUGGAAGAAAGACUCAAAGCAGCCAACCUAGAGAUGUUUAAGGGGAAAGGCAUUGAGGAACGGCAACAGCUCAUCAAACAGCUGAGGGAUGAGCUGCGCCUGGAAGAAGCUCGAUUGGUGCUGUUAAAGAAGCUGAGACAGAGUCAACUACAGAAAGAGAACGUGGUCCAAAAGACUCCGGUUGUACAGAAUGCAGCAUCUAUUGUUCAACCAUCUCCUGCCCAUGUGGGACAGCAAGGUUUAUCCAAACUGCCCUCCCGGCCUGGGGCCCAAGGGGUUGAAGCUCAAAAUUUGAGAACAUUACAGGGUCACAGUGUCAUUCGUUCGGCGACCAAUACCACCCUCCCACACAUGUUGAUGUCCCAACGUGUUAUUGCACCAAAUCCAGCCCAACUACAGGGCCAACGGGGCCCACCCAAGCCUGGCAUUGUACGCACCACAACACCCAACAUGAAUCCCGCCAUCAGUUAUCAACCACAGUCAAGUUCUUCUGUUCCUUGUCAGCGUACAACAUCCUCUGCCAUCUAUAUGAACCUUGCCUCCCAUAUCCAGCCAGGGACUGUGAACAGAGUGUCCUCGCCACUUCCUAGCCCUAGUGCUAUGACUGAUGCUGCCAACUCACAGGCUGCAGCCAAAUUGGCUCUUCGAAAACAGCUAGAAAAGACACUCCUGGAGAUUCCACCUCCAAAACCUCCUGCUCCCUUGCUUCACUUCCUGCCUAGUGCAGCCAAUAGUGAGUUCAUCUACAUGGUAGGCUUGGAAGAAGUCGUACAGAGUGUCAUUGAUAGCCAAGGCAAAAGCUGUGCCUCGCUUCUGCGGGUUGAACCCUUUGUAUGUGCCCAGUGCCGCACAGAUUUCACCCCUCACUGGAAGCAAGAAAAGAAUGGUAAGAUUCUCUGUGAGCAGUGUAUGACGUCCAACCAGAAGAAGGCUCUAAAAGCUGAACAUACCAACCGGCUGAAAAAUGCUUUUGUUAAAGCCCUACAGCAAGAACAGGAAAUUGAACAGCGAUUACAGCAGCAGGCAGCCCUCUCUCCUACUACGGCUCCAACUGUGUCCAGUGUCAGUAAACAAGAGACCAUCAUGAGACACCAUACACUUCGGCAGGCCCCACAGCCCCAGAGCAGCCUCCAGCGUGGUAUACCCACAUCUGCCCGCUCCAUGCUUUCAAACUUUGCACAGGCACCCCAGUUGUCUGUGCCAGGUGGUCUCCUUGGUAUGCCAGGUGUCAACAUUGCAUACUUGAACACUGGCAUCGGAGGACACAAAGCCCCCAGUUUGGCAGACCGACAGCGGGAAUACCUUUUAGACAUGAUCCCUCCCCGGUCUAUAUCGCAGUCCAUUAGUGGACAGAAAUAACGCCUGUUCCACUUGUACUGCCUAACCUUGAACCCUUUACCCCUUUCCUCUCCUGUUGCUCCCAACUUCCGUCGCAUGCAGUGCCUGUACUGGUGCCUACCAUACACGGAAAGCAAAACUGAAAAAACAGAAGACAAAAAAAUAGAAAUCAAGAAAAUACAUGCCCUGCCCUACCACCUCCCCUUUGUUUCACACUGCUGCGAUCUGUUGUCCUGCCACUCAGUCUCCUCUCUUCAAUUCUUUACCAGUGAGGUGGAUCCUUGCCUCUGAUAGAGGUCAGAAUGCGGUCCUGGGGAGAAUUUAAGCCCUCUGUCAUAUGUUUCUAAAGUUUGGUUUAUGCUAUAAUUAUUACCAUUUUUAAUUAUAUUGUGUGUCCUCCCUUUGUUCAGUGGACGGUUAUAUCUCCCCAUACACAAAACCUUUAUCUGUUUUCUUUUUGUCCCUUUCCUCUCCUCUCAUAUUCUUCCCUCCCUUCCUUCCUCCCUUCUUGAUUUGUUUUUUUUUUUGUAAACAUAAAUGACAUUCGAUUCAAUAAUAGGAGCAUUGCAGGUUGCAGUUAGGGUUCUCCACUGCCAAGUAGGACAUGAUUGAUAGUUAGGGGCAGAGGUUUUGAAUGCACUUAACCUGAGUUGUGGGGUGGAUGACAUCAAGCAGGAGGAUUAAUACCCAGUUGUGGGUGUUCAGGGGCUGAACUGUUUGGAAGGCAGUGUUUAAUAUUGAAGUUAGGCUCUAAGGAUGAGGGGGGGAAAGCCUAGAAAGAAAAGCUUUAAAAUACUCGGGAGUUUACCCAUGUGAGGGGGAAGGGAGGUAUGAUAAUGAUCAUAAUGGUGAGCCAAGGAGGACAGAGCAGGCCCUGACCUUCAGAUGCUGGGGGAUUAAGAUUGGUCUCCAGUGGAACAUGGAAGGAUUCCAGGCCAAGUAGUCCUCUUUUCCUCUAAAACUGUUCCCUAUGCCACUUGCAUCCCCUUGUUAAAAACUAUAGUCUUCUCCCCAUUUCCCCCAUCCCCCAUCCCUCUCCCCACUGCAAUAGAGAGGAACAACUGUUCCCAGGCUGAAGUUUGCUGGAUGUCCUACAAGUUGGAAUUGGUGUGAGUCAGAUGACAAAAGGAGAGGAGAAAACAGGAGAAAGAGAUUUCUCUCCCAACACUAGAGAUCCUCCCAUUUGUCUCUCCCUUUACCCUCUGAGUGCCGAGAUGGUGAGGGCCUCUAACCAGGUUAGAGUCCUGCCCUGACUCUGCUGCACUGACUGCAGAACCAGUUGCUCAAAGCCAAACAGCGCAGCUCAUGUAAAAUCAGCUUUGGACCUCUGCUAUCCAAGGGUUGUCUUCAUGCCCCAGAAUUUUUAAAUUUUGCUUUUUUUGUUUUGUUUUAUUCUUCAGCGCUACUAAUGUAGAGAAUGAAUUGAAUUGUGCAAUGUUGCUGUUUUCUGGGGAUUAGGGAGAUUAGCAUCCCAUUUGUCCACUUGGUUGGGGAAGAGGGAGAGGAUCAGGCUGUUUUUGAGGUAAGAGAAGCCCCUGAAAAGGCAGGGUUUUCUCCCCUUGUGGUGUUCAUGCUCUAGACGCUGCCGGAUGCACUGGGAGACUGUCACACAGAGUUAUUAGGGAAUUGUGUGAUAUUUCGUCACCUGAGGAAGUCCCCUCAUUUUUAUUAUUAAAAUUAAUUUUUUAAGAAGGCACUUUUACAAUUACACACAUGAACUGCACAUCUUCCUCAUAAGAUUUGGGGUGGGGUGGGAGAAGGAACUGAAAUUGGGUUCCGUUCUCCCACUCUGGCCUUUAUUCCCCACACCCCAGUGCACUGUGGGUGAUUAUACUGGCCCUACGGGCCUUCCUGGCUUUUUUUCUUUCCUUCCUUCCCCCAAAUUCAUUGAGCACUUAAUAAGGAGCAGAGAUGCAGCCAGUGUCUGGGCUCCCCAAGUGGUGAAAUGAUCUGGAAGCUAGAUGCUAGUAAAAAGUAGUGUGAUCAGGUCAUUUCGAGUAUUUUUCUGGGGAAUGUGGUACCCCUGACUGUAAGUGGUGGGAGAGGGAGGGGGGGUUAAUGGAACUGGGUCUAGGGUUAUUUUAAAAUUAUAUAUAUAUAAAUAUAUAUAUAAAGAUAUAUUCUUACAUCUUUUUUCUUUGCCCUCUGUGCUUCGAAAGCACUGGUUUUGCUUUUCUCUCUUCCACAAAAUUGGAAGUUGGUUUUUUGUUUUUUUUUUUUUAAUAUUUUUUUCUACAGGUCAUCUUGCCUUGUGGCAUGUCUGUCUAGCCUCUCCCCACUCCAUGAUGAAGUGCCAUUUCUGUUGUCUCCCUGACCCCCAGCCCAGAGGUGCUCAGAGGUACAAGGUGCCCGGUUUUGUCAGUUGAGAUUAAAAGGAACAGAGAAUGUGCAAUACCGUCUGGCUGGGGGCUGUCCCUGCCAUGAGUGAAGUCCCUCCCCUGGGAGCCAGGCCACCUUGAGUGAGUACGGAAGUAAGAUGUGUAGAAACAGGGAAUGGUGGGGAAGGAAAGCCCAUAGUCCAUUGCCUGAUAGGUGCUUCGGCCAUAGGGGAGAGGGUGGAAUCUUCCCUGGUUUUAUCCCUUCAGGGUCAAUUACAUAGAAGCUGCUUGUUGACUCAUAGAGCUCUGUGACCCUUUGCUCAAUUGCUGAGGUUUGAAUUCUUACCCUUUUUCCUCCUCAUUUUCAUACCCUACCCAGGGAUUAGUGACGGGGGUUAAGGUCUCCUUAAUCAUGAUAAAGUAUUAGCCUUCCACCUCCUCCCUUUUCUCCCUCUCCCAAUCCCUUUGUCUUCUUCAAGUCUCAACUUUUUCAUCACUGAUUGCCUUGUGUCUCUCCAAGUCUGUCAUUACUGUCAUCCCCAGGCCUUGGGCCCUCUAGACCCUGGAUUCAGACAGCUGUCCUUUUCUCAUGGAGCUCUGAAUCUCAGGAUACUAAUAAGAGUUGAGGAUAGAACUCUGCCUGGCUUCCUCCAGACCCAGAGGUACUAAAAGCAGUCAUUCAUGGUGGUGUCUUAACUCCAUAGAAACGUAGAAACCUGAAAUGGGUGAUUAGUAACAAGGCUUGGUAAAGCCAGGGGACAGAGGUUCUUACUUGUCACUUUUCUUUUGUCACUUGACCACAGCAUCAGGACUCCCUCCAUCGCUGGAAUAAGUAUUUUCCCCCACAUUUUUGGAUACAUGUAUGGUAGACAAUUUUUUUUCUUAAAGACACAGAUAAAUGUUUUCUGCUUUGGUUACCCCUUUCCUUUCCCCUUUAAAAGGAAUUAGCUAUAGAACUGCUUUGUAAAGAUGCUUCUUGAUAUUUUACUUUUGUUCCUUUUCCUCAACCAUUCCCUUUUCUCCCCAUUCCUCCAGAAGGCAUAACCUUCUUUCCAUACCCCUCCCCCCCCUUUCCCCGCCUGGUCCUAGGCUCCCUUUCCUUCCAUCAAGAUCUUCAUUAGCUUAUGAUAUUUGCUGCCGAGAUGUUAUAACAAGGACUCAUUCAUGUAUAUAAGCUAUUUCUUGAUCCAUUUAAAAGGAAUUGUACAUUGUGUAGAAAAAAAAAAACUGAAAAAGAGAAAAAAAAGCCCUAGCCAUGGAUAUUGUGAAACUGUGUUAUGUCAUUUUGUAAUGUGCCCGUUUGUGUAUGAUCCGUGCAAAAGGGUUUCUGGGGAAGGGGAGGGGGUAGGGAGGCAGGGCUGUGGAGGGUGGGUAGGGGAGUGGGCCAGGCCCAGCAAAUGCGACUGGCACUGCUCCAACCCCAUCCUCCUUAGAGAUGCCACCUCCCCCACCACCCACCCCUAAUUUGUGCCUUGCCUCCCCACCCUGGAGUCGUCCCUCCGGGUCACCAGCACUGCCUUGGCAGAGCCCACUCCCUACCCUCACCUGCCCGCUCUCCCUACCCCCCAGCAUUUGGUUGAUUCUGUGGGGAAGUUCUGGGGGUUGGGAGGUAGCCGAGGAAUGGGCAGUUCCCGGGGGCAUUGAAACCAAGUAUUAUUAUGAAUUGUAAUUGUAUUUGCACUGUUUUUUUCCCCCUCUGAUUGCAUCAGCAUAUAUACAAUAUACCUGUAUAACAAAAUUCAGUGUCAACCUUUCUUAUGCAAGGGAUUUACUCAACCUCCCCCCCACAAAAACAACCUGAUCUCAUGGACCAUUGAGGGUGGACUCUUAAGGGGACAGCAGAUAGGAUUUUAGUAAGUCAUCCUAAGUAGGUUUCACCUAGAGAGAGCCACAUCUGCCUGCCCAGUGCCAGGCUGUGUGAGUUAGGUGAGGUGAGGCUCGGUGAGGAUCAGGGCUCUGCGUCCAGGAUUGUAGAGGAUAAAGAGAACCACCAUACAAAGGGAGGCAGUCUGGAGACCUGACCUGGGUUCUACUGACUUGCUGUGUGAUGUUCAUUUUCUGGGUCUCAGUUUUGUUGGUUUUGUUAUUGGUUUUGUUGUUCUGUUGUUUUUUUUAAUCAGUGAAAUGGGGGGAAAUCAUUUGGCCACUAAGUUUAAAGUUCUAAGCUUCCUUCCAACCUACCAAAAACAA